AUGAAAGAUGGACAGCUCUCAAGGCGUUAUACGAGGUCAUGGAAGUGUCAAGUGUCCGUGGGCGAGCUUUACCGCUGGAUUCUGGCUAAGUUGUCUGAUAAAGAUAUUAAGAGGGCUCUGCAUAAGUACAGAGACUUGAUGCCGCGCCAGUCUGACUGGAACCGCAAAUUAACACAAGCCACAAACAUGCCGGAGCUUGGAUUCCGUUACCUCUAUCGGUGUGGCCAAAUCGACGAGAGCAAUCACCGAACAAUGCAAAAAAUGCUUAAGUACAUUGAUAGACAGGAUGUACUACCGUAUUUUGAUACAAUACUAUACAACACUAACAAUGCUAACUGUUCAAUAGAGGAUUUAAGGCGAGUGCUCAUUGAUAAAGUUGACGCCUUCCUCCAAUACUCCACGGCACUUACAGACGAUGAAGUUCACCCCGAAGAACCUUACGAAAUAAGCCAGUGUCAGCCGUUGGAAAACCUUCGAAUGACUAGGUACUUGCUUAUUUAUAGAGUACUUUAUAAUGCUAGGUGUUUUAUUUAG